AUUUUAAUAUCUUUGUGAUCUGAAAGAUUUAAUGGGUUAAUACUUGAUUUGAACCAACACGAAGCGUCUCGAAUCCAUCGUUUUACCGAGCGCGAUUCUCUUCUUUGUUCAACCAACAACGCAUUCGUCUCUCCUUGAGUCUCCCUCACUCUUUUAUUUCCCAAUGCUCUAACACUUUCGAGCGAAUCGCAACAGGCGACUUCAUUGCGCGCGUUUGCUCGUGACUGUUCGAGCAACGAGGUUCCUUCGAUACUGGAAGUCCUUUGUCUCCUUCAAUUGCGAAUUUCGACCGGAUACGUCUAAUGGUAGUGAACGAAAUAAUUGUGCAGUGUAUUUUUACUGCUCUGUGAAUCGAGACAGUUCCUUUGUUUGUGUUUGUUUAAAUUAUUCAUCGAAUAACAGUUGGAUAACACAACAUAGAAAGAUUUGCGGUGAAAGAGGGAAAGGGCUCGCAAAAUGGCCGAGUACUGUGAAUACAUGUGGAACCCCACACGAGGUCACGUGAACAGCGCUUUGGCACGAAGUAUUUAUGAGGAAGAGGCCAGGUUUGAUAAACGUGACAAGAAACUGGCCAUUAAGACUGUCAGAGCGAUAUUGCGUGAAAUGCCGGAUGUAGACUUGAAGCACUGCACGGACGAAUACGUUACACGUUUCCUGUUGGCCCGGAAGUAUCGCACGGAACAAGCUGCUGCCCUGAUAGCCGCUUAUCAGGCGCAAGUAGCACAUCGACAGGAUAUCUUUGGUAAUCUAACGGCCAGAGAUCCAGCCUUGCAACGAGCUUUGCGAGCGGGUAUUCCAGGUGUUCUACCCGCACGUGACAAGAAAGGAAGAUGCGUACUCGUAUUCUUAGCCUCGCAGUGGGAUCCAAUCUCUGUACCAGCUUUGUCGGUGCAACGAGCUAUCUUCUUGGUUCUUGAAAUUCUAAUACAAGAUCCAAGAAAUCAGCAAUCCGGUUUCGUAGCUGUAGUGGACUGGAGCGGAUUCUCUUUAAGACAGGGUGGUGCCUUAGGCGCUGCGGCUCUGAGAAACCUAAUAGCUGCUCUUCGCGGACGAUUUCCGGCUAGAUUCAAAGCUAUACACUUCCUGUCGGCCCCACUUUACGUUCAGGCAACAUUGGCCCUUGUGAAACCUUUCUUGGACGAAAAGACGCGAAAUAAGAUCUAUUUGCAUGGGAACAACUUAAGCACCCUUCAUGAACACCUGCCCACUGACAUCUUGCCAGCGGAAUUAGGUGGCACGGGACCAGCCUUUAAUCCAGGACUAUGGGCUGAACCAGUUAUUCACUCGGCAAUGAAAGAGGCUGAGCUUGCCGCGGUGAAAAAAGAAAAGGAACUCGCUGAACGCGCAGAACAGUCUGGCGAUAACAAAUACGAGACCAAAAACACGGAGGAUUACAAAACGAACGAAGCAGAUUCGACAAAAUCGAGUAACGGUGUGAGUAAAGAGAAUGGAAGGCGAUUUUUUAAUCCUUUCGGUAAUUCUACGAGAAACCAAUCCACGAAAAAGACUGGGGGAACAAACGUAGAGUUAAACUUAAUUAAUCGUUCGAAUGGACACGAUGAAAGGAGGAAAGAGGGUAAAGAUAGUGAAACGAUUAAGGAAGACGAAGAUCCAUAUUGUGGAGCUAAAAAUAAAACGUUAAAUAACGGCGAUUACUUCGACAAUAAAAGAUAUAAAGAUUCAGAGGACAAUUUGUUAGGAUUUCAGUCUGAAAAAAAUAGACCAGAGAGUGACGAUAGUAAGGAUAAUUCGCUGGAUAACAGAUCCGAAAAUUCGCUCAUUGAUACAGUUAUUGGAAAUUGAUCGAUAUUAUCGUUUGUAGCAAAGAAGUAAAACGAACGUUGUUCGAACAUUUUUAAUGUUCCUUUCUUCUUAUCGCAUAUAACGAACACACUUUACACGAGUAGAGGUAUACGAAUAACAACGAGUACUUAUACUGUGAACUUAAAUUUGCGAUGUAUUUGUUAAUGUAAGUUAAUAAGUUAAUUUUUGUUGGAACUCGUAAUAUCACAUACAUGAACUCUUUUUACAUGUAUGAAAUUCAUACUGAUAUCCACGUUUUUUAAAAGCAGUUUCCACAAUUCAUAUUAAUACUGUAAAUAUGUAUUAAAUUAUUUAUUGAUAUCAAUAUAUCAUGGAGUAAAAGAUCUCUUAUUUCAUAUUACAUCUUUGAGAAAGGCAUAUUAUGUACUUAUAAUUGUAGAUUUGAUAUAACAUAGAUCUGUUUUUAGUAUUGCCCAUAAAAAAUAUAUAUUUUUGAAUAAAAGUAUUUUACCGUUUAGAAUAUCUUUUCUUUGAUCCUAUUUUAGAUACGAGAAACUAUUGAAAAUGACAAAUUUCAAUUUAUAUUUGCUAUUACAUUACAUAAUGUAAUUAGAUUUAAUAUUAAAAAUUAAGUUUCUACUCAAAUUGAUGUACCAUUUCUGUUAUAUAAGCAGAUGCAAAUCAAACGUCGAUGAAAGAGUAAUGAUAAUAAGAAUAAUGGAAUAAAAAUUUAUUAUUUUAGUACAUAAAAUAUAUAUGUAUAUGAUUUUAACAUCAAUACACGUUAUAAACAUAGAAUCAUUAAUACUUUAUCACAUUACCAAAAGCACCCUGCUAUCAUAUAAUUCUUUUUUUUAUCUCUUUAUUUCACACAUUAUCCCCAUCCCGUUUUCCCUUAAUUCGUAUGAAAAUAGAAAAUCCUACAUAGAGAUCUAUAAUGAGGUAUAUAAAAACGGUAGUCAAAUGUAAUGUAAUAAGUUUACUUAUGUACAAAAUGUUACUACUUCCGUGGAUCUGAUCCUUUUUAUGAAAAGAAUCUGUUCGACACCAAUUUAUAAUACUUAAU